CUGAGGUGCACAACGAUUGGCAGCUCUGGAGCCGAUAAACAGCUGAAAGACUUACAGCAAACCGGGCACGGAGCGCAGGAAGAGAGACACUGAGGUUUGGAGAUGCAGGAUGUGAUCCUGUCACCCUACCAAUUCUGAGGGACAUGGAGGACACUGGUCUGUUUUGGAAAAUGGGACGAUUGUCAGUCAACGGCAGCGCCAUCAACAACAGCUAUAGCCAAAAGGAUAUUGUUGAAGUACCACUACGAAACGGUUCUAACUCAAGCUCACAAUUUGUUGGCGUGGAGUUAGUCCAAUCCUUCAAGCCCCUGAUCAUCCCUUGCUAUGCACUUGUAGUGAUGGUUGGCAUAUUUGGUAAUUAUCUGCUCUUGUAUGUGAUCUGCCGGACUCGGAAGAUGCACAAUGUCACCAAUUUCUUCAUUGGAAACCUGGCGUUCUCGGACAUGCUGAUGUGUGCCACCUGUGUGCCUUUCACAUUGGCCUACGCCUUCAAUCCUCAUGGCUGGGUGUUUGGGCGUUUCAUGUGCUACUUGGUAUUCCUCAUCCAGCCAGUCACAGUUUAUGUCUCAGUAUUCACUUUGACAGCCAUUGCUGUUGACAGGUAUUACUCAACAGUUCACCCUCUGAAAAAACGGAUCUCUGUCUCGGCCUGUGCUGGAGUGUUGGCUGGCAUCUGGCUCCUGUCUUGUGCCCUGGUUGCCCCUGCCAUCGCACACACAUACCAUGUUGAAUUUCAGGAGGAGGGUUUUACCAUUUGUGAAGAGUUUUGGAUGGGGCAGGAGAGGGAGCAUCUCACCUAUGCCUACAGCACACUCAUCAUGACCUACAUUCUGCCUCUGUCAGCCCUCUCCAUCUCCUACUUGUGUAUCACAGUGAAGCUGCGUAACAGGGUGGUCCCGGGUCACCCCACGCAGAGCCAGGCUGAGACAGAGCGUAACCGGAAGAGGAAGAUCUUUCGCCUAGUAGUCCUGGUAGUGGCAGCCUUUGGGAUCUGCUGGUUGCCAAUCCAUGUUUUCAACAUAUUGCGUGAUAUUAACAUCAACCUCAUUGACAAGCACUAUUUCCUGCUGAUUCAACUGCUCUGCCAUUGGUGUGGCAUGAGCUCAUCCUGCUGCAACCCCUUCCUAUAUGCAUGGCUACAUGACCGCUUCCGGGCCGAACUGCGUAAGAUGUUUACCUGCCGGAGGAGGAUCAUCAUUCCCAACAACAACUGUGUGACAGUCAAUGUGACAUUGUGAGAGGCAGUGAAAGGUAUACAGGUUUUUGAUAAUGGACUAGAAACGGCUAUUAACAUCCAGUAGGAGGCAGAGUUCUUAAGUCAAAAGAUGGAACACAAGAAAAUUGAAUUCUGCUCAGAUGAGCAAAUUUCAGGAAGAGAUGUAUGUGACAUCAGUACUGUGUAAAUGGAAAUAAGCAAGGUCAGAGCUCUUAGGGAGGUUCAACACCCUCCUGAAGAGAACUGUCAACACUAGGGUAAGCAGUUUUUAAUGCUUAGCAAACAUGGGAUAUGCAGACACCAGGUGGUUUAUGUCAUUGAAAUGGAAGGUCAGUUGUGCUAAGGAUCUCAGGCUUCUGAGGUUACAAGUGUCAGAGGUUCCAAACACCAUGUAUGUCCAAUAAUGGAGGCUAUAGAUAUACAGAAUGAAACUAAUGAGAAGUAACAGGCCUGAGAAGUCACAUUUGACAGCUGAAGUUAACAACACUCUAGAGAUGACCUCAAUAUUUAUUUUUAAUAUUUUAGCAAGAUCAGUCAGAUUCCCCCUGAUACAACAGGUUUACAGGUACUAGAGGCCAUAUUGUAUAGGUCAGCAUUAUUAAGGAUUUAGUAGUUAGAGGUUCAUACAAGUCACAGAUAUCUGAGGUCUCACCGACACUAGACAACAUAGGUAUAAGUGGUCUUAGUUCAAAUCACACUGGUCAAAUAUUAGAAAUUCUAGAGGCCAAUGGGCGGGUGACAAAUUCUCAUCACAUCUCUGAUUGAGCUGAAAUAGAGAUUCUUCAGCUAACAAUAUUGGCUGCAGGUACAAGUGGUAUGGAGUGUCUGAGGUCCAAGGUGUUUGACAUUUCAGGCACUACUGGUCACCAGUGUUAGAUAGAGUGCACAAGUCACACUUACUGUAGGUGACAGCUAUUACAGGUGUUGACUGUUAGAGAUCAGAAGUCACAAGUGUUAGAAGCUGUAUGUCCCAGAGGUUACAGGUGUAAGAAUUCAGACAACAUCAGAGGUCACACAUGUUAGAAACCAUAUUGUGUAUGAAGGUCACAAUUAUCGCAGUUACUGGAUAGUGCAACAGUUACAAGCCACAGGCUAUUUAGGUCAUUGGUGUUAGAGGUUAAUGGUAAUAAAUGUCACAAAUGGUUGAGGCCUCAGGUCCUAGAGGUUACUAUGGUAAUGGAUGUAUUAGACACUAUAGGUACUAGAGAUCACAAAUAGUGCAGAUGUCAGAGAACACGAGUAUUAGACAUCACUGUUAGCAGAGGUUCCAGC